AUGGCUUUUCCCCGUGUUCUCACGUGCCUCCUCAUCAUCGCCGGCGUGCUGGUCUCGUCAACGGUUCCCGGAGCAGAGGCGGUGAGCGAGGCUGCCAAGCAGCGCGCCGCGAAAGCGGGUCUCGCGUUCGUCAAGGCCGUCCUCACCAUGCUCUUCCCGCCGCCCACGCCUGCCGCCAAGUUCUACAGCGCGGACUUUUCGGAUUUGAACGUGGCAGGGACGUUCAGCAUCGCUGUCCCCUCCAAGUCCACGACCAAACCUUCGCAGUUCCGCCUGACCGCUGCAGGCUCGCCCUAUCCGCCAAUGGAAGUGACUCUGAACGCGAAAACUCCUGUCGUGCUGGGUGCGCUCGGAAGCAACAUGCAGUGCUCGCAAGUCGCGCCGAGCGUGUGGGACUGCUUCGGCCAGACCAAGCUGACCCAGGCCAACAUCAACAACAUCGGAUUCACGGCUGGUGUGGGGGUUCGCGUGAAUUCGUUUGCGUUGAGUCUGACGUACUCUGACGCGCGCAACAUGGGGCUCAUGGUCGACUCCAAUGCCAACCUUGCGGUAGCCAAGCCCAACUCGAAAAUGGAGCAAGUCUUUGUUCUCAAUCUCAACCCCACUGCCGCCUCCCUCCCUCCCUCCCUCCCUCAUCCCUUCAGCAACCGCAAGUGCAAGCUCGACGUUAGCAUUGUUGUGAUUCACCCAGACGCCCUCAAACCAUCUGCAACGCUCUCUGUCACCGACCCUGCUUCAGCCCAAACCACCGACAUUUCCCUUUCUUGCGCCUGGUCCCAGCCCCGCCCCGGCGUGUGGCUGUGCGAGUGGCUUGACAACUUCCCAAGCGUGUCGGGUGCUGCUGGCACUGCGGACGCUUACGCGAUUGCUGCCAGCAUGCGUGCUGCGGCCCUGCCAGGCUCAGCAGUGGACUCGGUGUUUACUCUGACUGUGGAGUCAGAAGCGGGGGACUCUGCUCAAGGCACGCUGCGCUAUGCACUGUGA